GCUUGUUGUAGUUGACGAUUAGCCGGCCCGUGCCGUGCACUGUGUCCGCGUCAAUUAACUGAAGGAUAAGCUACUUUCUCUAUUUAAAGAUGUCGAAAAGACAUCGUCUGGACCUGGGCGAUGACUACUCCUCCAGUAAAAAGCGGUCUGACGGGAGAGACAGGGACCGUGACAGAGACCGUGAGGACCGCUCCAGGGACAGGGACCGAGACAGAGACCGCGACAGAGACAGAGAUCGUGACAGAGACUCAAAGCCAUCCAGCAUCCCUUCUAACAGCAAUGCUGUGGGUAUAGGCUUACCACCUCUCAAGCAGAUGGCUGUGCAGCAGCAGAUUAAUCCAUUCACUAAUCUGCCACACACACCACGAUACUAUGAGAUCCUGAAGAAGAGGUUACAGCUUCCAGUGUGGGAAUACAAAGAAAGCUUCAAUGAUAUCAUCACACGCCAGCAGAGCUUUGUCCUGGUGGGAGAGACUGGCUCUGGGAAGACAACGCAGAUCCCACAGUGGUGUGUGGACAUGGUGAGAGGCUUGCCUGGUCCGAAGCGGGCCGUAGCCUGCACUCAGCCAAGGAGAGUGGCAGCUAUGAGUGUCGCUCAGAGGGUGGCAGAUGAAAUGGACGUCAUGCUUGGACAGGAGGUUGGCUACUCCAUCCGAUUUGAGGACUGCAGUUCUGCAAAGACAAUACUAAAGUACAUGACAGACGGUAUGUUACUAAGAGAGGCCAUGAAUGACCCGCUACUGGAGCGAUACGGUGUCAUCAUUCUGGACGAGGCCCACGAGCGAACUCUGGCCACAGAUAUCCUGAUGGGCGUGCUGAAGGAGGUGGUUCGUCAAAGAUCAGAUCUGAAGGUGAUUGUCAUGAGUGCCACGCUUGACGCCGGGAAGUUUCAAGUGUACUUUGACAACUGCCCUCUGCUGACUAUCCCUGGACGAACGCAUCCUGUGGAGAUCUUCUACACUCCCGAGCCGGAGCGCGACUACCUGGAGGCAGCGAUCCGCACCGUCAUCCAGAUUCACAUGUGUGAGGAAGACGAGGGUGACUGCCUUCUUUUCCUCACUGGUCAAGAGGAAAUCGAUGAAGCCUGCAAACGGAUAAAACGCGAGGUGGACGACCUCGGGCCUGAAGUCGGAGACAUAAAAAUCAUUCCCCUCUAUUCCACGUUGCCCCCUCAGCAGCAACAGAGGAUCUUUGAACCGCCUCCUCCAAGGAAGCCCAACGGCGCAAUCGGAAGAAAGGUUGUGGUAUCGACAAACAUUGCUGAGACUUCUCUAACAAUCGAUGGCGUUGUGUUUGUGAUUGAUCCUGGAUUUGCCAAACAAAAGGUGUACAAUCCUCGCAUCAGAGUGGAGUCUCUGCUGGUCACAGCCAUCAGUAAAGCUUCUGCCCAGCAGAGGGCAGGACGAGCCGGCAGAACACGGCCAGGGAAAUGUUUCCGCCUCUACACAGAGAAGGCCUACAAAACAGAGAUGCAGGAUAACACAUACCCUGAGAUUCUCCGGUCAAACUUGGGGUCUGUAGUCCUGCAGUUGAAGAAGCUGGGUAUCGAUGAUCUUGUGCACUUUGACUUCAUGGACCCACCUGCUCCUGAGACGCUGAUGAGGGCCCUGGAGCUGCUCAAUUACCUCGCUGCCCUCAACGACGACGGUGACCUGACGGAGCUGGGCUCCAUGAUGGCGGAGUUUCCUUUGGACCCCCAGCUGGCCAAGAUGGUCAUUGCGAGCUGCGAGUUUAACUGCUCCAACGAGAUCCUUUCCAUUACUGCCAUGUUGUCAGUCCCACAGUGCUUUGUCCGUCCAACGGAGGCUAAGAAGGCGGCCGACGAGUCCAAGAUGAGGUUUGCUCACAUUGACGGAGACCACUUGACGCUGCUCAACGUCUACCACGCCUUCAAACAAAACCAUGAGUCUAACCAGUGGUGCUACGACAACUUUGUCAACUACCGUUCGCUGAUGUCUGCCGACAACGUGCGGCAGCAGCUGUCCAGGAUCAUGGACCGCUUCAACCUGCCUCGCCGCAGCACAGAGUUCACCAGCAGAGAUUACUACAUCAACAUCCGACGGGCGCUCUGCACCGGGUUCUUCAUGCAGGUGGCGCACUUGGAGCGCACAGGCCAUUACCUCACAGUCAAAGACAACCAAGUGGUCCAACUUCACCCCUCCACAGUCCUCGACCAUAAGCCCGAGUGGGUGCUCUACAACGAGUUUGUCCUCACCACCAAGAACUACAUCCGCACUUGCACAGACAUCAAGCCAGAGUGGCUGGUGAAGAUCGCGCCGCAGUACUACGAAAUGAGCAACUUCCCACAAUGUGAAGCGAAAAGACAACUGGAGCGAAUUAUUGCCAAACUAGAAAGCAAAGAGUAUUCCCAGUACUGAACAAAAGCCAACAAGUGUCCUGGAAAUCAGUCGCAUACUUUAGUUUUAGAUCUUUCUGUACCGUUGUAUCUUAAUGUUUUGCUCAUUUUGCUUUUUUUUUUCUUUUUAUUCCCCAUCAACUUUAUUUCUGUAACUAACUGUAAGGCCAGCAGAAAAUGAAGACCAGUCACUGAGACCUGGUGAGAAUAAUUCCCAAAAGAAAUAUCACAAGCAUGUCUUUUCAAUGUGGCUAAAUCCUUUUAGGGAGACUACUGAGUCAUAGCAAAGAUCUGUGCUUGCUUUGUUUCUUUAAUAAAGGAGCUUUGAGUUAAUUUCUGUCUAUAAAUGAAUUGGUAAAGACAGUCAUUGCAAAUGUAGUGUAGUUUUUUUUUUCUUUUUUUCCCCUCUGCGAAAGUAUGUACAUAGGCGAAGAGUCGACACCUCCCAUCAUGUUAAUGCAUAACAUCGGUUAUUCAGUGUGUUUUCUUCCAAGUUCCUAGCAGUUUGUAACAGUUCAACUUGCCUUUCUUGUAUUAAACAACACGAUGUUCCUCUUGUGACAUCCGCUGUUCCUGCAGA